AUGUUUACAGUUGGUAAGGCUUGUGGAAGAGGGGAGGAUUUAAAACAGUGUAUGUGUGAUAGAACGGAAGAAUAUUCUACAGAGCAAGAUUGGUAUUGGCGUGGUUGCCAAGACAGUGGUUACUUUGGCUAUCUGAAAUCUAAAGAAUUCAUGGACGCACAGCAGGCACCAGAUGAUCUGUCCUCGAAAAUAAGACUGAAUAAUAAUGAAGCUGGUCGAUUGGCUAUGAAAGAACAUAUGAAGAUACAAUGCAGAUGUCACUAUUUGUCAGAAGGCUGUUUCAUCAAAAUGUGUUGGAGAAAGAUGCCUUCCUUUAGGGAAGUAGCUUUACGGCUUAAAGAUAAAUUUGAUGGUGCAUCUAAAGUGGCUUUAUCUGAUGAUGGCAGACUCAUGGUAACUGAGGGUGAAACCGUCAGACCUCCUACAAAUGAAGAGCUUUUGUAUGCUAAAAAAUCGCCCAACUUUUGCAAAGAAAGAAAGAAAUAUGGAUCAUUAGGCACACAGAAUAGGCUUUGCAAUCCAGACCCUAUGAGGAAAGGCAGUUGCAAGUUGUUAUGUUGUGGCAGAGGGUAUAACAAUACACAGAUAACAGUACAAGAAGAAUGUCGUUGUCAGUUCAUUUAUUGUUGUAAAAUAAGAUGCGACAUAUGUACCUCCACCAAGAAUAUUACGAUGUGCCUUUAA